AUGCAGCAGCUGACUAUGGACUACGACAAGUUCACUCAGAUUCUUCGAGGGGACGGUCAAAGGCUCUCAUGGAACGACUUUAUCACGUACGAGGACGUUUACAACGAAUGGCAUUCCAUCAUCACCAAGCGCAUGAGGAAAGACUCAGAUGUCGCUGUCUCAUGCAUAGACACGACACUCGCAACAGCGACAGCAAUCCAACAAGCAGCAGCAACAGCAGCAACAGCAAUAACAGCAACAGCAUCAACAGCAUCGUCAGAAACAGCAACAGCAUCUCCGACGAUCUGGACGCCGAGCGUGCCGGACACGAUGGACAACGAUUUUGAGUUGUUGGAUAUUGAGGAUGAAGUCGAGGAGACAAGCCAGAAUCAGGAUAACGACAACCGCCCCAGCAGUGUUCCCAGGGAAUGGACUCGUGAGGCCGCCGAAUCCAAGCUGCUCCCGAAUGCGCAGGCCCAACGGAGAAGUCUUGAUAUGGCUGUGGAUGUUGUAUUGAACAUGGUGGAGACCACGGUGCCAGGGUUGAACGACGAGGGCAAGCUGGUUCUCGAUCAGGAUGGCAAUGCCCGACCACUGGGAUACAUUGAGGUCGGCUGUAUUGACUUCUGUACAUCAGCGAAGUGCCUCAAGGAGGGCUGCAACGAGUUCCUAGAAUCUCUUCCAAACAGAAGCAGGAGCCAAGUCUGA